UUUUUGUGGUUAUCAUCUGAUGAUUGAUUGAUUGAUUGACUGAAUUGAUUGAACUAAUCGACUGACUAUAUGUCUGGACACGUGAUGUCAGAUAAUUGUUGUCAACAUCAUCGACAUCACCACAACCUAACCACCGAUGACGAUAACCGGAAAAAACAACAACAACAACUGGUGGUCAUCGAUGGUCUCAGUGAAUGUCAACUCCAACAGAGGACACUUCCCGAUCAUUUGGCCGAAUCCAUGGAUCUAUUGAUUGUCGGCAUAAAUCCCGGUUACGCUUCCGCUGCCAGAGGACAUCACUACGCCGGCCGUGGAAAUCAUUUCUGGAAAUGUUUGCAUUUAAGCGGAUUAGUAGACAAACCGAUGACCGCUACCGAUGACUAUCGUCUUAUCGGUUUGAAUGACGAAGAAACUAACGGAAACUAUAGGAUUGGUUUUACUAAUAUAGUCAGCCGUACGACCCGUGGAAGCGAUUGUCUUAGCAAACAGGAGAUCAAAACAGGCGGCCAAGUGUUGCGCAACAAAAUCUUAAGAUUUAAGCCAACGAUUGCUGUCUUCAAUGGCAAAGGAAUUUACCAAAUAUUUAGCGGAACUACUGAUUUCAAGUUAGGUCUUCAGCCAAAUAGUCAGUCGAUUGGCUCGACAUUAGUCUAUGUGAUGCCAUCGUCGAGCGCCCGGUGCUCCCAAUGGCCACGUAUUACCGAUAAGUUGCCAUUUUAUAUUAGUUUGCGAGAAAUUUUGGACAAAAUUCACACAUUAAAUGCUGCUAACACACUGAUAUGUGACCAUCAAUGGGUCUCAUUAUUAUAA